GUAAGAAAGCCAAGGAAAUAAACGAUGGAGAAUGUUUCGUAUAUACUUGAUAGUGGCAAUCAAAAUCACGAUAUUAGCGUGUUGAAAGCGAAUGAUUAGAGGUAUAGUGCAGCUCUAACGGGAUGCUCUGUCAUAUUAAGAAUUUUUCAUAGGUGAGUCAUUGAACUGUCACGGAUGGAAUUUAUGCCAAACCUUGAUGUUAAAGGCCCUUCAUUUUAUCUAUCAGUAUGUUACACAAUCCUUGGCCUAUUGACAGUUGCUUUUUGCCAAUCAGUGCCACAUUAUAGUAAGGAUGGCCAGCAGGGCCAGCCUGGCUUGGUCAAGGUCGUGAAAGACACCUUGGAUGGAUGGAUUUGUGCACAGGACUAUGAUGAGAGAGAUGCUGUCGUUAUCUGCCGAAGCCUGAAUCUCCCUCACACAGAUGCAAGGCCACUCAAGGAAGUCUCUCAUAGGCAGCAGGAAAAUAAUAUCAUACUCCAGAGACUGGAUUGUCAUGGAAAUGAGACCUCACUUGAGCAGUGCCCAGGAGUAGAGUGGCAGUACGUGAAAUGUCCCUUAAAACAACUUGUCAAGGUGCGUUGUAGCUCAGCCACAGAGGGUAAGCUUAGACUGAUGAGUGGUUCAGUUGAAUCUAUUGGCAGAGUGGAGUACUUCCAUCAGGGAGUGUGGAUGACUGUGCAUGGGAUGGAUUCUGGUGCUGCUGUAGUUCUUUGUCGCAGUUUAGGCUUUCCUCACGAAAUGGCUCGUAUUGUGUAUGGGUUUCAAGAUAAGUUUCAAUAUCAAAUUCGUGCCGCCUGGAUUAAGGAAGUAAGAUGUGAAGGCACUGAACCAAGUUGGGAAAACUGCAUCGUGGUUUACUACAGGAUUCCAUCCCGGGUCAGUUUCAGGGAUAUGCAUGUGUCCUGUGAAGGUUUACGUCUAAGGGGUCAUGAAAGCCAUAGCGGUGUGCUGGAAGGUUACUUUGAAGACAAGUGGAGGAAUGUUUACAGCCCUGAAUUCAACUCUGUAGAAGCAUCUGUGGCCUGUAAAGUUUUAAAACUUCCCCGGUCUGCAGCAGAGGUGGUGCGAAGAGAUAAAUUUGUAACUGGUCAGAAUGUAAUGACAUGCCUUGAUGUUGGCACCUGUGAAGGCUCGGAAUCCAAAUUAACAGACUGUUAUCUUUCUCGAUGGGUUUUCAAGGAAUGUGGUGAGGUGACAAUAGCAUGUAAACAUGUAGAUAUGACAGAUGUUAAAUUUCGUUUGACGGGUGGACAUUCAAGUUCUGCGGGGUAUCUGCAGGUGUUCUAUAGGGGUCUCUGGGCACACAUAUGUGGGCAAGGAACCGACUCAGCUGUGGCUACAGUGGCCUGUAGGACUCUGGGACAGUCAAGAUUUGGGGGUGCUGUGAUUCCCACAAAAUUCAUUGGCUCUGGCUCAUCGAACAUUGUCAUGAAUGGAGUGCAGUGUACUGGUGAGGAAACCGACCUGGCACAGUGUUAUUUUAACCCAUGGGGUGUUGGUUGGUGCCCCAGCUGGAAGGCUUUGACAAUUUACUGUGGUUCAUUGGAAAACACUUUUGAUGUGAGACUGAAGGAUGGAGGUUCCUACAACUUUGGUCGAGUGGAAAUGUAUGCAUAUGGCACAUGGUACAGAGUUUGCAAAAGUGACCAAUUUAAUGUAGAGGAUGCAAGAGUAGUGUGUAACCAGCUACAGUUGCCAAAAGCGAAUGCUAAAGUGACAUCAUGUUUUGAUAAUGGUACUAAUGCCAUAUGGCCCUCUUUUGUCCACUGUGAUGGAGAUGAGGAUCAUCUAAAUAACUGUACAGGCCAAGAAAUUCCGCCUGAGAGGUGUAAGGUUUUAAAGAUUAUCUGCAGCGAUGAAGAAAUAAGUGAUCAAGACUGCUUUAACAUCCUACCUGGUUGGGCCAUUGCUACACUUGUCUUGGCCAUUUUGUUGGGCUUACUGGUGGCUGUCUGUGUAUUUAUGAAGGUGAGAAGGAAUAAGGAGGCACAUCCUGUAGAUAACACUCGCCCACAGCUGUAUUUGGUUGGAGAGGGUGGGGAAAACUUCGAAUUGAAUAUCCCUCCUCCAAUCAUGGAUACACCACAUCCAGCAUAUGAUGCACCACAUCCAGCAUAUGAUGCAGAACUGCCAGCAUAUGAUGCAGAACCGCCAGCAUAUGAUGCAGAACCUCCAGCAUAUGAUGCAGAACCUCCAGCAUAUGAUGCAGAACCUCCAGCAUAUGAUGCAGAACUGCCAGCAUAUGAUACUUUGUUCAAAUUCCUGAGCUGGUUGAUACAAGUCUAUUUUCUGGUUGUUCUGCCGGUUCAGACGCAAGGACAGACAUUUAGCCUAUGGCGUGGAGGACCCCGUGAUGGUUUAUUACGACUGAAUUAUGAAGGAGAGGAUUCUGUGAUCUGCAGCAAGUCACCUGCCUUCACCUGGCGUGAGGCAAGCGUGCUGUGUCGAGGAAUGAGCUUACAAAGUUUGCAUCCAGUUAUAACACCAUAUGAAAGCUAUCUGGCUGAGAACGAAACCUUCUUGGAGUUUAAGGCUCUAUCCAUCGACUUCCAAUGUACUGGGAAGGAGACUAGCUUUGUAAAGUGUGUUAACUUCACGACCAUUGGAACACCGAAAAAUGAAACCUGUUUUAGAGGAAUCGGUGUAUUAUGCACUUCAGCAGUACCUGAAUAUCGUCUGUUGGACGAUCGCCGACUGAGGGUUAGAAUUGAUUCCACGUGGUCUACUGUGUGCGCAGAUGGUUUGACAGUUGAGGAUGCCGUAGUCGCCUGUAGAACCCUGCAAAAGCCGUGGUCGGAUUCUCGCCCUUUGAGGUUGAUAAAGAGUAACACGACUAGGUGGAAGCUGAAUGAUUUACGAUGUACAGGUUCUGAGGAAAGCCUGAAGGAUUGCUCUUCCGUCAUCUGGGGGGACACCGAGUGUAAAGGUGGACGGGACGUCGGCGUGCUCUGUGCGGCAGCCAGUGAGUUGAAAUUCCGACUGAUAAACGGUUCGUCAUUAGCUAUUGGCCGUCUGGAAGUGUUUAACAAAGGCAGAUGGGGGACUGUGUGUAACAAGGGCGGCUUUGGACGAGAGGCCGCCAGCGUUGUGUGCAAGUCACUGGGUUAUGAAUACAAAAACGCCCGUGCUGUUCCUAACACACACUUUGGGACUGGGUCUGGAGUGAUCUGGAUGGCCAAUGUGUCUUGUGAAGGUUCAGAGUCAAGCCUCAUGGACUGCAGCAAACACUUUGACGGAAAACCCAUUACCAUGACUUGCAGUCAUUCAGAUGAUGUAGCAGUUUCUUGUGAAAGUUACCGUUUGGAUAAACAUGGCGGUCUGCAGCUGUCCUAUGAAAGCAGAUGGAUAGAUGUGUACAACGGUAGUUUCAACAUUAAAGCCGCAACAGUAGCCUGCAGAGCAUUGGGCCUGCCCAGAUCUGGGGCAAAGUUCAACUCCAGAGAGGUAUCGGUGGGCCCUGGAGAGAUUCUGGAAGUGAGCUCAUGUCGCGGUUCAGAAGACACUUUCUUUAACUGUCGUCAUCAGUGGGUGGAUCCCGAAGAGCUGAGGGCAAAGAAUAUCAGUGUCGGUGGCGUACAGUUGACUUGUGAACCAGCAGACACAAAAAACAUCAAGUUUCGUCACCCAGGAGAAGAUAUGAUGGGUCUGUAUGAAGUUUAUAACGGUUCUCACUGGGGAACAAUAUGCGGAAACGGACUUGGUGUGGUUGAAGCUCGUGUUGCCUGUCAGAGUUUGGGACUUGGAAGUACAUUUGCUGCUAGACUUCCGACGGCCUACAUACAGAAGGGGAACGGUAGUGUUCUGAUGGACGGCGUGUCCUGUAAGGGUCAGGAGUCGAGUCUGGCACAGUGUGACCACAACCCUAUGGGCCUGAUCACCUGUGACCCAGACAACAGAGAUGAUCUUAACAUCUACUGCGGGAAGCCAGAAGAUAAUUACAAAGUUCGCCUUGCCGGUGGAUCGCAGAAGGCGGGUCGAGUGGAGGUGAAGAUGUUCGGGGUAUGGGGCACCGUGUGCGCAGACGGCUUUAACAGUAACGCCGCAAAGGUUGUCUGUCGACAACUCAAUGUGCCAAUAUCUGAACCGAGAACUGUCUCAAUUUUCCCGGAAGGUCAAGGACAAAUAUGGUUGCAUCGGGUUAACUGUACGGGUGAGGAAACCGAUAUCCGUGACUGUCAACAUGGGCCAUUGGUCGGUGCCACAGAUUGUACACAUGGGGAUGACAUUGGUGUCGUAUGCAGUGGAACUGUUGUCGAACCAGCGAGUGGAAUAUCUGGGGGUGCAAUUGCCGGGAUUGUUAUAGCUGUUCUCAUCAUUUUUGCGAUUCUUAUCGUGGUCUUAUGUGUAGGAAUUCGAAGAUGGUCUGCAGCGCGAAGAGACCUGCGGAGUAACUUGCUCAAGACCUCAUCGCAGAGGCCUAACUCUGGUACGGGAUCUGAGGGCAGUGUGGAAUAUAACCAUGGAAAUGGCAUGGUCAAUAUGGGUUACAACGAAUCCCCUAACGCGUCGAAGGCCAGGGCCGCAGGUCCCAUGGGGUACGCCGCCGGCCCGACAUCCAAACCUUACAAUUACGAUAGCGAUCAAGGCUACAGAAAGGGGAUGGAUUACCGCCAUGAGGAAAAUCUCAGUCCACCGGCUUACCACACUCUAGGUCAGACUGGACAACCGGUCGAGCGUUAUGGAGACGAUCGGAGUGGCUACUCGAACUUCACGCCGAACCAUAGGGCCCCGCAACCUUCCAAUGUCCCGUCCGUCAGCAGAAAUAUCACCUGGCCGGAGGGACGGUCCCCCUCGGACACCACAACACUACCAGGAUGACGAAGAGUUUGGGUUCGGGGCUGGCUACGGGAAUGGUCAUCAAGAAAACAGCUAUCCUUCAACCGUUCAGCCCCCAGGGCCGAGUUUUGGACAGACGAGCCGGCCUGCCAGUGGGGGACAGGUCAGGGGAAACAGCAAGAGAACCUGGCUUUGGUCCGCCGGGUACAAAUUACCCGAGCAGUCCGUCUCCAGGCAUUAGAUACCCAGAGAGGGACACUUCGCCACACCCUGGACACGCUCCCUCACCAGGCUAUGGUGUUCCACGAGGCGACUAUUCAUCAAGACCCCAGUCAUCUCCCACAAGAUCCCACGACGCAUCCCCGUCUUAUGGCCAGCUGGAUAUUCCUGAGGGGACGUCAGUUUAAAAAUCAAUCAAGACUUUAUCUAUUGUCUUGUACUUAGGCUGUCUAAUUUUUUUUUUGUUUUUGGCAGACGUAAUUCAUCAGACCUUCACCUUAGAAUAAUAUACAUUUGUGAAUGGGAGAUAUUUGAAGUAAACUUUGAAAACAGUAAAUCAUUUAAAUGUAGCGAUACCUUUCCAUUUGUUUCAUGAAUUGAACAUAACGAUGAGAAGACAACCUGAUAGAUUUUACAAUGAGGUGUGAUUGAAUACCGAUGAAUCCUUCUUGCCAAGUCGGACAAUUAGUCGCAAAUUUAACUAAAUAUAAUGUUUAAUAAUUGGAUUGUCGACACUGAUUCAUUACAGUGUAUAUAGUUUUCAUUUUUACAUUAUAAGUGAAUGCAUACACUAUCGGCAACUAUUUUGUACUCAUACUGUAUGUAUGCCUUAACAACUUAUGGAUUAUUUGGAGAUUUAAGUACAUAUAAUGUGUGAAUAUCGGAGUGGUCAACAUUGAUUCAUUAUAUUCGUUAUUACUGUAUAUAUAGUUCUCAGUUUUAGAUGAUAGGUGAAUACGGAUACAAUCUGCAGUCAUUGUGCUCAUAUGUAGGUCUAGCUUAACAAUUUAUGAAUUGUUAUAUA